AUGGCGACCGAUCUAGAAGUAGAAAAGGUCCCCACGGGGUCGCCCGUCGCCAAAGAUGGAGAGAGCACCGAUUCACCCAUCUCAGAGGAAACCACCUAUGACACUGGCCUAAUUGCUUGGCUGCAAGUUGUGGGCUCCUUCUUCCUCUUCUUCAAUUCAUGGGGGGUCAUCAAUACCUGGGGCGCAUAUCAGACAUACUAUGAAUCCGAUCUACUAGCUGGUACAUCUUCAUCCACUAUUGCUUGGAUCGGUUCCCUCCAGUCAUUUCUCCUCAUGCUGAUAGGAGUCGUCACUGGUCCACUCUUCGAUGCUGGCCAUUUCCAUGCCUUGGUUGGGUCCGCAUUGUUUAUGCUACCUUUUGGUCUGAUGAUGACUAGUCUAGCUUCAGAAUAUUGGCAGUUGAUUCUUGCGCAAGGUAUCUGCGUUGGACUGGGCGCUGGUUGUCUCUUCGUGCCCUCUGUGGCUCUUCUGCCCCAGUAUUUCAAAGAGAAGAGAGGACUGGCUAAUGGAAUCGCUGCUAGCGGUAGUAGCAUUGGAGGUGUGGUCUACCCAAUUCUCUUCGACCAAGUACAGAAGAAAACCGGAUUUGCAUGGGCGACUCGCGCAAUUGGUUUCCUCGUCUUCGGCACUAUUUCGAUCUCCUUCGUCCUCAUGCGCAUUCGAUUUCCCCCAAAAGAGAAGCGCAAGCUUUACCAACUGUCCGCCUUCAAAGAGCCCGCCUACACCUUGUUCUGUAUCGCAAUGUUCUUGGGGUUCUUGGGGUUCUAUAACUUCCUCUUCUACGUGCAAUCGUUUGCCAUUGAUACUGGUAUUGUGGACGCACAACUGGGCUUCUAUCUUCUCUCCAUGCUCAACGCUGCCUCGACAUUCGGCCGAAUUGGACCCAACUUCAUCGCCGAUCACACCGGCCCGCUCAACAUGCUCACCCCGGCCGUCACAAUCACUGCGAUCCUCGCUUUCUCAUGGAUCAGUGUCCACACCGUACCUGGGAUUAUCAUCCUGGCUGUGUUCUACGGUUUCUUCUCAGGAGGGUUCGUUUCACUUCCCCCCGUGGUCAUGGCUUACAUGACUCCGGACGUUCGUGAUCUUGGCACUCGACUGGGCCAGAUGUUUGCAAUUGUCUCAUUCGGGUUGUUGAUCGGCACUCCCAUCGGAGGAGCUAUAUUAAACAGCACAGGCGGCUUCCUUGGCGUCCAGCUCUUUACAGCCUGCUGCUUGAUCAGUGCUGCGAGCAUCAUGGCUGCCAUGAGAUUCGUGCGAUCUGGCUGGCAGCUGAUUGCGAAGGUUUGA